GAGCGCGGCAUGAACACAUUCGUGUUCCGUCCGCACUGCGGCGAGGCCGGCGCCGUCAACCACAUGGUCUGCGCCUUCAUGAUGGCUGAGUCCAACCACGGCCUGGCGCUCCGCAAGGUACCGGUGCUCCAGUAUCUGUACUACCUGGCAGAGAUCGGUCUGGCCAUGUCGCCGCUCAGCAACAACUCUCUGUUCCUGAACUACCACCGUAACCCGCUACCCGAGUACCUGGCGCGAGGUCUGAACGUCAGCCUGUCCACCGACGACCCGCUGCAGUUUCACUUCACCAAGGAGCCGCUUAUGGAGGAGUUCAGCAUCGCCGCCCAGGUGUGGAAGCUGAGCUCGACCGACAUGUCCGAGCUGUGCCGCAACUCGGUGCUCCAGUCGGGCUUCCCGCACGAGACCAAGCAGCACUCUGGGCCCAACUACACACGCGAGGGUGUGGGGAACGACGUGCGCACCAACCUGCCCGACAUCCGGGUGUCGUACCGCUACGAGACGCUGCUCGAGGAGCUGGCCACCGUGUUUCAGGAGGUGACGCCCGACCCGGUGGAGGAGCAGACGCAGCCGCGGCCUGCCGCCGAGCCGGCCGUGCAGCGCUGAGCAGGACAGUCGCCGGUGGAGCCGAUAGGCAGCCGCAGUCAGCAGCCGCUGGAA